AGAGAGACUGCAGAUACAGAAAUGCUUGGGCACUGACAUCAGCUGAGAUAAGACACUCUUCACGUGAGCGCGCUCCUUCCGGCAGGCUGAUAUUUAUACAUGUAUAUUUAUAUAUAUUUGUGUGUGUGUACAUACGUAUCUUAUUCCCGGAGACGCUGCGGUUCUUUUUAUUCGUUUUCUACGGAGAAAGCGACUCGUGUCGGUCGGAUCGGUUUCCUCCGCGCCGAUGAGGUGCGCAGCUGAAGUUUGAGAAUCUGUGUUUUAUUUUCGCUUUUCGGCUUCUUCUUCUUUUCUUUUCUUUUUGGUCUCGAGUCGUCUCGUUGUUGGUGGGAUUGUUGUUUUUCGCUCGGAAAGAGGAUGGUGCUGGACAAGGAGGAGAGCGUGUCCCUCGUGUCCCUCCAGUCCAGGGAGAAGCCGAGGGGCUGCGCCGGCUGCAACGGGAGGAUCCGGGACCGCUUCAUGCUGCAGGCCUUGGACAGGUACUGGCACGAGGACUGUCUCAAGUGCGCCUGCUGCGACUGCCGCCUGGGCCGGCUGGGCUCCACCCUCUACACCCGGGCCAACCUCAUCCUCUGCCGCAGGGACUACCUGAGGCUCUUCGGGGUGACGGGGAACUGUGCGGCCUGCAGUAAGCUGAUCCCUGCCUUUGAGAUGGUGAUGAGAGCCAGAGACAACGUCUACCAUUUAGACUGCUUCGCCUGUCAGCUCUGCCGCCAGAGGUUUUGCGUGGGAGACAGGUUUUUCCUCAAGAACAACAUGAUCCUGUGCCAGCUGGACUACGAAGGAGGACGUCUCGACGGCAGCGCGGAGCGGCAGCCGCAAUAGGAGAGCAGGACGCCAGCGAGCCGGUUGCACUUUGAAACCGACGGCAGCAGAGACCUGCUUUCAGGCCGCUGAACGAACGCCGGCGGGACACAUUUGCCACGAUUGAACUCUUUGUUACUGAGCAGCGUGGAAACUCUCCUGAAAACAUUCCUGGUCGGAUGCUGCAGGGGGUCACUGAAAGGGGAAACCCUAAAAGGACGGAGGGGAGCCGUUCGUCACGGAACACACUAAUUGAAGUCCACUAACUGAACCGACCUCAGCGGCGAGGAGCAUCCGGCACGCCGGAGGCCGCCAAAUGGACUGAAACAUUUUUGCAUACGCGGUUUGAGGAGGAUCGGUCUGCUCCUCCUCCUCCUCCUCCUCCUCCUCCCCAGAAGACUCAACCGGACUGAGCGACGCUUUGAAAAGUUCUGUUUUCAAUCUGAUUAAUGAAAUAAACUGAAUUUUAUCUGUU